AUGAUGCUCACCCCCCGUGAAUCGGAGAAAUUGCUGGUUUACGUGGCCGCUGAUUUGGCCCGCAAACGUCGAGGGCGCGGUUUGAAGCUCAACGUCCCCGAAUCUGUGGCCCUCAUCACCGAGGCGAUACUGGAGGCGGCCCGCGACGGCAAAUCCGUUACCGAGACGAUGGAGUUGGGACGCCAGGUGCUGGCCCGGGAGGACGUAAUGGAAGGCGUGCCGGAACUGGUGGACAUGGUGCAGGUUGAAGCAACGUUCGUGGACGGCACCAAGCUCGUGUCCUGCCACGACCCCAUCGUAUAG